AUGAGAAUCUUUAUUACGGGUGGAUCGGGUUAUCUUGGGCAUAACUUUAUCGAAUACGCGCUUAAGGAAGACCCCCAACUUCUCAUAACUGCUCUAUCACGCUCUACCAUUGCGGACGACAAAAUAUUGCAAGCUGCUGGAAAUGUUCGUAGUGGUAAAGAAAGAAUUCGAAUAAUUAGAGGUGACAUGCAUGACGAAAAUGCAUUAAGGGAAGGUGUUAAUGAGGCAGAUGUAAUAGUGCAUUUGGCUGCAAAG